UUUACGUCCAGGUUAGGAGUGGAGCGAAUUUGAUUCCAAUCUUUAACUAAAGAAUUAGAUUUCUAUUGUGGUAUUCUACCAGAAAUUUUCCAGGAGUUUACUUUGUUAGAAAAUAAAGAGCUGUCACGGAAGACUGAAAGGUAAUCAUGGAAAAUGGCAGGAAUACAGCUGUAGUUACAGGGAUGGCUGCAAAACCUGGCGUCCAGAAAGUGUUAGAUUUGCUCUUCGCAUCGGAGACGGUUGCGGACAAAAUCAUGGUAAACAAACAAGAAAUCAUUCAAUUGGACAAGCGUCGGCAGCAAACUCGUGAAGCAAUCCGAGAAAUAAACAAACACAACGAGCAGAAAGUGUGGACAACCAUUGGAUCGAUGCUAGUUAAACUGGAUCGGAAAAAGGCUCUGGAAAUGUUAGAGAAAGAUAAAGUACAAAUUGACAGCGAAAUUAACAAACUCCGGUCUGAGCAAAAAAUUCUGGUCAAUGAACACAGAGAUAUCGAACAUAAGCUGCCGUUCAAAGGAUCGAACUUGAAACCAAUGAACUCAAAAGAAAUGUCUGCAUUGAGGGCGAAUUUACCUCUAGGGAAUUAAGCGAAGUGUCUAAUGUAUUGUAGGAAUAAGGUACAAAAUUUAUUAUUUUUAGAACA